AUGAGAGUAACAUAACCUGUGGGUAUUGUAUAAAUGACAAAUAUUGCAAUUAUUAAAUAUCGUACUAACAACAAUUAAAAAUUUGAAAUUGCUUGCUAUAAAAAUAAGGCUAUAAAUUGGAGAAAUGGAGUUGAGAAAGAUUUGAGGUCUAAUUUAAUAAAAUAUUUAGUGAAGUUCUUUAAGUCUAUGAAAUAUUCACUAAUGCUACAAAAGGAGAUGUUGCAUCAGGAAAAGAAUUAUUUAUUUGUUUUUAAACACAUGAUAAAGAUUAAAUUAUUAAAACAAUUUUAGAAAAGGGAGAUUUGUAAGUAGGAGAUAAAGAAAGAGAAGUUUAAUUAGAUCAUUCUUAUAGAGACAUAGUUAAAUUUAUAUAGGAAAAAUGUAUCCAUGCCACUUCAGGUAGACAACUUACAUAAUAAUCAAUUGAGUAUGCAAUCUCAAAAGUUUAAUAUGUGGUUAAAAGUGAUAAACCUGUUAAAUUUUAAGCAUUACAAUGCAUUAAAAAACUUAAAGAAUGUUUUUUCAUUAAAAGAGCUCCAAUGAAAGUAUCUAUCUCUUUUAUUGAUGAAUAAAUGGAAUUAGUGUAUUAGAUUUUAUAAGAAUUAGAAUUUAAAGAUAUUGUUCAAUAAAAAAAUAAAUUUAUUGUUAUUAUUGAUCCUUAAUUAUUUAGAACAUUAUCAACAAAAAUUAAUGAAAAAUAAUUAAAAAGUUAAUUAGAGGUCAUAGAAGCAGCAAUCAAAUAAUAAAUUGAUGGAAUUGAUAAUUUAACUUAAGUUGAAUUAGAAUAGAGAUUAGAAAAAUUAUAAAUUUCAGAUUCCUCUGAAUCAGAUGAUGAAUUAAAUUAGAAGUAAAAAUAGAAAGGACCUAAAAAAAAUAAAUAAUAAAAAAAAUUAUAAGUUUAAUAAUAAUAAUAAGUUAAAAAAUAAUUUUAAGAAGAUGAAUAGAAUCAAAUAAAAUAAAUUUAAUAAUAAUAAUAAAAAGAUAAUGCCAAAGAUGAUUUGAGUAAAUAAUUUAAAUGUACUUAAUGUUUAAUAUCAUUUGACACAAAUCAAGAAUUUAGAUAACAUUAUAAAACAGAUUGGCAUCUUCACAAUACAAAAUUAAAAUAAAGUGGAAAGUUAUGUUUAUCAUAUGAAGAAUUCUUGGAUUAUUAAAUCUAAUAAGAAAUGACCAAGUGA